AUGUCGGGCAGCCCGGUCCCGUUGAACUUCCUCGCGAGCUGCUACGUCGUCGACGGAACACCGUCACCACCGCGUAGCCCCCUUCUUGCCGCCCGCCACGAUUCCGGCGUCGUCGUUCACUCCGCUGCCAAGCACGCUGCCCACGCGGAGCUGACGAAUGGACGACACGCAUCGGAUGGCAGGAAUCGAGCGGGAGGGGCUGCUGCCGCAUACACUAUUGCGGAAGAGUGUGAGAGACUCUUCUGUGGGACACUGCAGGCUGUUUUCCUUGGUGAGGGGAACAACGUCAAGCAGGACUCACUGGCGAUGGGUGUGCCAUAUACUUCGGUCUGCGCUGUAUCAUCGAGCGUAGACACGACUUCCAGUUUAAUGACAACGUCUUCUUCGGGUAUGGCGAUGGAAACGUCGCGGAGUUAUUCACUUUCGACUGGGUCGGAUUUUUCGGAAGAGGGGUCACCGGCGUUGAGUAGCGUGCGGGCGGAUCGAGCGUUCAUGGAGCAUGGGCAAGUGAGGCAGUGGGUGGAGAUGUGGGAUUAUUCUGGUGGUCUCCAGUUCAGGGGUUUUGUCGUUGGCGACGGCGAUCAGAGGGCGUUGUUUGUCUUCUUUGAUGACGGAGUCGUUGGGACCGAUCUCAAGCCUGGUCUCAUGGCUCUCCUCGAGCUCUGCGAUCAACCUGCCAUUUCCUGUCUACGGCUUAACGUUUGCCUGGACCGCACCGCAGACCCCGCAUCAAUGAAGCACCUCAUGCGCGACCUGGGCUGGGUAGGCUUCGAGCCCACCACCCUUGUGGACUGGACUCAUUCGGAUGAUAUCAUCAGCGAUCGCUGGGUGUUCUUGGGCAUAGACGUUUAAGUUAUUUCCAUUACAUUGAUUUUGUUAGUUUGAUUAUGAGUACAUCGGAAUCGGAGCAAUCAAUGAUUUUUCUUGAAACAAAGACAUUAAACAAAAAUACAGAAAGGGCACUGACCGGACCCAAACCGGUGACCUCCCAUGUCCCCUACCAAAGUACCGUUUCCUCCCCUCAUCCUUAGUACCUCUCGGACGUCCCAUUCUUGGUACUUCUCGAACACCUCAUUUGCUCUAUCUUGCUUCUACCCAGUGGUGGAGCAACAAAAAGGGAACAACGCCCAGUAAAAGAGCAAAAUUAUAAGCUCCUGGGAGCCCUAAAAAGUCCUUUGAUCCGAACACUAUUUACAAAUCACCAUCCGUUGCCGCAACGGUGUAGAUCAUCUCAAUACUCCAAAGGCGCCUUUCCAGCUGUACUUGACAGUAUCCGUGUGCCAUGUCGAGAAGACCUAUCAAUUGCUCUAUUUCUUCACCCUCUAUCGCGGCU